UAAAGCCUUGUGGACUCAUUGCUCAGCUAUGCAGUAGAGAGGAUUAGCCUCAGCUCAGCAUCAGUGCGAGGAUCUGGGCAUCUGGCCUUUUUUAUCCAUCACCUGGCUGAUUCAGAGAGACACCACAACACUGUCCCUUUUUUUUUUACCCAAAUCUCCUCUUUUCUCCUUUGUAAUUCUUCCUCUCCUCCUCCCUAUCUCCUUGCACCCCUCUUUCCCCUCUCUAAUCCAUGACGCUUCUCUCAGAGGACCAGUCUGUGCGGCCCCAGGCCUGCCAGGUCCUGGAGCCCGGCAAACACAUCACCUCCUCCUUGGACCAGUACUCGACAGACCACACUGGCUUCAAACAGGACUACAUGGACAGUGGCGAGAGCGCCAUUUUCGGGGCUGUGGAGCCCCCCAGACGCUCUCGGGGCCGCCUCAUACUCCACGGCAUGGUCAUGUUUGGAAGGGAAUUUUGCUACGCCAUGGAGGCAGCUUUCGUAACACCGGUCCUUCUGAGUGUGGGGCUUCCCCGCAGCCUGUACAGCCUGGUGUGGCUGCUCAGCCCCGUGCUGGGCUUCCUGCUCCAACCCAUCAUCGGCUCGGCCAGCGACUACUGCCGCUCGCCAUGGGGCCGGCGAAGGCCUUACAUCGUGGUCCUGGGCAUCCUCAUGCUUGUGGGACUCACCCUGUUCCUCAAUGGAGAUGCUGUCGUCUCAGCUCUAGUCAGUGACAGGACACAGAGGAGGAUAUGGGCCAUCGUGGUGGUGAUGUGCGGCGUCGUGCUGUUUGACUUCGCCGCGGAUUUCAUCGACGGGCCCAUCAAGGCCUACCUGUUUGACGUGUGCUCGCAUCAGGACAAGGAGCGAGGUCUGCACUACCACGCGCUCCUGACAGGCCUGGGCGGGGCCUGUGGUUACCUGGUGGGCGCCAUGGACUGGGGUCAUUCUGCGUUGGGGCAGGUGCUGGGCUCCGAGUACCAAGUCAUCUUUUUCUUCGCUGCACUGACCUGGAGCAUCUUCCUCACUGUGCACCUCUUCAGUAUUCCAGAGCAGGCUCUGGGCAGGGACCCAUCUGCCAACGACUCGUCACCUCCCAGUGCCCUGCGCGUGCUAGGAUCCCACAGCAAUGGUUAUGGAACAAUGUCUAAAGAGACCGUCUCCCCCGCCGCCCCGGCGUCAGUCCCGGACCUGAGGCCGAGGUCGUUCUCUGCUCUGGGGGAGGCCAACUCUGUGACCUCCAGUGCCAAGCAGCCAAACAAAGAGGCACAGAAGAGGAUGACAUUCAGGUCACUGAUGAAAACCAUCAUCAACAUGCCAACCCACUAUCGCUGCCUGUGUGUCAGUCACCUACUGGGAUGGACGGCCUUCCUCUGCAACAUGCUCUUCUUCACCGAUUUCAUGGGACAGAUUGUAUACAAGGGAAACCCUUAUGCAGAGCACAACUCUACAGCCUACAUCACAUAUGAGAGAGGAGUAGAAGUGGGCUGCUGGGGACUGUGUAUUAACGCGGUGUCGUCUGCUCUCUACUCCUAUGUGCAGCAUUUCCUUCUCCCAUACAUCGGCCUGAAAGGAUUAUACUUCAUGGGCUACUUUGUGUUCGGUAUGGGCACCAGCCUGAUUGGCCUCUUCCCCAACAUCAUUGCCACGCUCAUCCUGUGCACCGUGUUCGGUGUCAUGUCCAGUACGCUCUACACCAUCCCAUUCAACCUCAUCGCAGAGUAUCAGCGUGAAGAGCAGGAACAGGUGGCGUUGCAGGGAAGCAAAGAAACUCCACGAGGCACCGGUGUGGACUGUGCGGCGCUCACCUGCAUGGUCCAGCUGGCUCAGAUUAUCGUGGGCGCGGGGCUCGGCGCACUGGUCAACCUGGCAGGAAGCGUAAUCGUGGUGGUGCUCUCGGCCUCGUCUGUGUCUCUGUUAGGCUGCAUCUUCAUAGCCCUCUUCAUCAGAUACGUGGAAUGAUGCUGCUAAUAUAAAAUGUAUUUUAAAUGGUAUUUGUUUUAAUAAAU